UCCGUUCCGAGUUCCGUUCGUAUAAAUAGCCGUCGCGAAAAAUUGGAAAGGAAACGAAUUUGAAACGGCAUGACAGAUAUCUCCGGGCAACAUGAGGUCAACCAGAGCUAUUGUUUCAAAUGGAGCAAUUACCAGAGCUACCUGUCCGAUGUCGUGCAACAGCUCUUGGAGGAGGAUUGCAUGGUGGACGUCACUCUAUGCGCAGCCGGCCACCGUAUUCACGCGCAUCGCAUCGUAUUGUGCGCCUGCAGCACCUUGUUCCAACGUUACACAAUUUGCAGGAAGUCCUUAGCCAAGUGACAGAGGAUAACCCGACUAUUAUUCUGAGCGAUAUAUCUCCUCAGGAUAUCAAGUCGAUUAUCGAAUUUGCAUAUCAUGGGGAGGUCCGAGUCCCCGUAGAAAAUAUCAGUAACUUACUUGAGACUGCACGCUCGUUGAAGAUAAGCGGCCUUAUUGACAUCAAUGGACUCGAGGAAAGUGAAAGUGCUGUAAACACAGAGGACAGCGAUGAGCAUGUGACUGAAAUGGAGGAAAGUUCGGUUGUUCCUCCGGAGAAAGACCUGCAACAAGGACAAACCACUGCUGAUAAUAGCGUCUUGAGUAAGAAAAGAAAACGCCGCCGUGAUCCGUCAAAGAGAGAAUACAGUGAAGUCAUGUUGGCAUCUGCAAUUGAUGAUUUAAGAUUGGGACAAACGUUAGUAGAAGCUGCCACUAAACAUAACAUACCACGUUCUACAUUGUACAUGCGGGCAAAAACAUUGGGUAUUCAUUUAAGUGCAUCGAGGAACGAGUAUCCCGCGGAAUGUAUGAAUGCGGCAAUAACUGCUGUGAUGGGUGGUUCAAGCUUGCAGCAUGCAUCAGAUUUAUACAAAAUACCCAAAACUGUAUUGUGGAGGCGUAUACAGAAAGAGGGUCAUCAAAUCUUGCGUUCUGAAAUGAAGAGGUCCUACGGUUUAGAUACGAGAGAGGCUGCUGUGAAAGCCUUGGAAAGAGGGGAGAAUCUGACGAAAGUUGCAUUAGAAUUUAAAAUACCAAAGACUACAUUAUUCAGAGACAAAGCACGAUUAGUAGACCAAGGUAAAUUGCCGUUGUCGUUUUGGAAGAAACGCAAGACUGAGGACGAGGAAUUGAAGAAAUCGCGAUUGGAAGAAGCAGUGGCCGCUUGCAAGGGCGGCAAGAUGUCGCAAGCCGCUGCGUCCAUGACGUAUCAUAUUCCAAAAACUACGAUAUGGCGAAGGCUUCAGCAGGACGGAAAGAAAACUGAGAGAUCGUCGAACGUGAAGAAGCAACAACGACUAAUCGAGACGUCGCAGCAGGAUUCUGAAGCGAAAGCGCAAGAAGGCUCCGAUUUUACCUAUUGUGAGGUUUCGUCGGAUAUUCCUAUCGCUUACAUAGACGAGAACAGCUUACCCGAAGAUUCCGUGAUAAUCUUGACGACGGAGGAAAUGGAAGGACUGAAUCUGGAGGAGGGCAGACAAAUUAUUGUAAAUACAGGAUCUGGAGAGGAGUACAUUCCAUGUUCAAUAAGUAUCGAGGAUAAUAACGCAAAUUACUCGCAGACUGAGAGUUAACAUUACAGAUACAGAUCAUAAGAUUUAAGGCUAAUCAAUGUUAUGUACAUAUAGUUGUUACGAUAUUUUGGAGAAAAGUUUAUUUACACUCCGCAUCAUUUCCUCCUGAAUCGAGAUGAAUCAAGUCUGAGAAAAAAUUGCUUAUCAUACGCAGCAUGUACACAUGUAGAUGUCUCAAUGAGUGUGCAUGUGAGGGUAAUACAACAAU